CUGUAUAUGUUUUAUUUAUUAUUAACCAAAAACGGGAAUAUCUAUCGUCAGAAUUCACAGGAAACUGGUCAUUCCUCGUGACUUACAAACCUGAGGCAGAUUAGCGUGCGCGUUUGGCAGAAUUAGAGCGGACCUCCACCACAACUGGAGCAUUUUCCCCACUAGUGACACUCUGUGGUUUUAUCAGGGAACACACAGUUUGGUGACUCACUUAUCUUUGGAUACAAGAUUGUGUCAGAGAUUAAUGAUUCACCUUAAUCAUUAAAUAUGAAUAAGACUCUCAAAGCCACUAUCGGCCAAUGUUCAAAUGAAAAACAAGCUGUGUGUCCCUGGUGCUGAUAGUCAUUUAGAUUUUAAGCGAAAAUAAUGUGUGGAUCUUUUUCUCUCUUUUUUGGGGGGCUGCAGAUGUUGUAACUGUGCACAGAUGUUACUAAUAAAAAUCAGUGAUGACGGUACUAUAUAAGUGUCCCAGCAGGCCAAAACAAACAGGACAGCGACACGGGUGGACAGCGGCCAUCGGUAAUUGUCUCGUUCCCACCUGUUUCGUCACCUACUGUGACCGCCGUCGACGGGAAAUCUGGGAAUGUGCGGCCCGUCGAGGCGGCGCUCCGGGACUUCACAGCCUUCCUGGAAGGAGAUCGUAUCAGGGGAAUGCGGCCAGCUGAGGAGAAAAACAGCGCUUUGUGACUCGGUGGAGCACAGGCCUCGAUUCUUCCCUCCUCCUCCGACGCCACAGCGCGCCCACUGAGUCACAGCCAGCGGGGGUGAAUCGAGGUUCCUGUGUCACGGGUAAACACACACAUCAGUGGUCUGGCUAAGGUCGCUGACCCGGCACAUGAAUCAUCAUGAGGACAGGACACCGAUAGCCCUCGCUUUAGCCGGUUAGUUUUAAAGGCCCCGCGUCAAUGAAUCCCCCUAACCCCUUUGUUUCAUAACCAUAAAGUUGUCAAGAAAAUGUAGACACUAACUAACACGUCGGUGUGCCGUUGAGCCCACGCUUUGGUUCUUUCUGUGUGUGUGUGUGUGUGUGUGUGUGUGUGUGUCUGCUCCAUCCUCCCGCAUGUUCACCGACAUCCAUUAGUCACAGCCGUCGUGGCGCUUCCUCCCGGGGGAUCGAUAAUCCGCGCCGGCCAAGCUCCGUUCGCCCUCUGGACCCCAGGACGGGAGCAAACACGCCGACGCUGCCCACCCACUCAGGGAAAAGCGAGGCGUGUAUAAAGCACCCGGGGGGCUGUGGGGAGCGCACGCUGAGGCCUGGGCGGGCGACAGAGCUUGAAGGAUGACGGCGUUUUUCUGGACGACGGUGGCCGGUGGCCUGCUCUUCGCCGUGAGCCUCGCACAACUGGGGCUGCUCGCCGAGGGCCAGAGGAAAUUGCGGGGCAGGAAAAUCGUAUCGGGGGGUUCUACCAUCUUCCUGGGCCAGGACAGAGACAUCUGGAGCCCGCUGAUCUACACGGAGGUCAACCUCACGAGGAUCAGCAACAUCAAGUCGUCCUUUCACCUGCGGACGUAUGACCCCGAGGGUGUCAUUUUCUACGGAGACACCAAAGAUGGAGAGGACUGGUUUGUCUUGUCCCUGAAGGACGGCGUUCCUCUCAUGCAGAUCACGAGAGAGAACGUGUCCGUCAGCGUGGCGGGUGGGCCCAAGCUCAACGACGGGGGGUGGCACACGCUGGAAGUGAGCAACGAGGGCAACUUUGUCAUCCUGGAGGUGGACCGGUCACCUGCGCUGGUGGUGGGCACGCCGUACACUGAGGAGGAGGAGGACCUCUCCAGUCCACUUCGACUGGCUCUCGGAGGGAUCCUGAUCGGCACCGAAAAGCUGAUUGUUAAGUUUAACCCGAAGAUGGACGGCUGCGUGCGGGGAGGCCUCUGGCUGAACCUCAGCAUGCCCUGGGAGGGGGACAUGGAUGACCUGUGGCCCUGCUAUCGCAACGUUCGCCCUGGCAGCUAUUUCCCCGGCAAUGGAUUUGCUAUUUUUAACACCUCAGUUUUCCCGUUUAAGAAGGAACAUGGAUUCAGGAUUGAAUUGUUAGGUGAUUUCAGCCAGGUGGAUGGAACCAUUUUGAGCAUCAAGGCUCCUCAGGAGGAGCCGAUGUUUACUGCAGUAGCCAAAAAUGUCACAAAGGAGGUCGAAAUCAAAUUUGGGGAAGAAAGAAUCGUCAUAAAAAGCUCUUUUAAGAGACUGCUGAUUACCUUUCUGGAAGAUUUACUGAAAGUGCUUCCAGAUGAAGAUGAAUCAAAAACCUCCACGUUUCCAGUUAGUCCCACGAGCCACCCCAGUUAUAAGACGAUUUGGGAUAAGGGUCGGCUUGCUUUUGGAGGUCUUCUCGGUGAAGACGAGGGCAACGUCGGCUCCCGUUACCUGACAGGCUGUCUGGAUAAAAUCCAAGUCCAAGGGAAGGAUGUGGAUCUGGAUUUAGCCAUCAAACACGAGUCAAUCUCCUCCCACAGUUGCCCAGUAUAGACCACUAAAGCAGGCGCCCUCUGUGGGGACCGGAUGUUUGUAGUCAGUCAAUUAUUCCAAAAUGUACAAAUCACAAUCAUUCACUGAGUUGGUUCCUUUGACAGAGUUUGACACUGAUAUUGAUUUUUAAGAGGAUAUCUGCUCUGUGUCCCAGCUGUAACAGAAUGUGACCUCAGACACGAUUAUAUCUGUGACAUUGGUUCUAAUAAAGAUUUGACAUAAAACAAUGCAUAAAAUCUGAUUUUUCUUCUGAAGCUUUUGAUCAAUAAUCGCCUUGCUGUUGUAUUUAAGACAUUUUAAGGGUAAAGAUGCUUUGAGGGGUUUUUCUACUGAGUUUAGAGCAGAGCUGGAAUGAGUCGGUUGUGCCCUCUAGUGGAUCAUUACAGAUACUGUUGUAGCAGAUGUCAUCUAUCAUUCAGUUUUUAUAAAUUUUUCUUCAGUUCAGGGUCAGAAAAAGGCUAACAAAAACUAAGUUUACCAGAAAACUAACUUUACUACCAAAAAAAAGCUGUCAAUGAACCCCACUUGGACGCUUUGUUAACAUCAUUCCCAAGUGUCCUCUGACAAAAAGGAUAGAAAAUACAGAUAAAGAAAUAAAUAUGUUCUAAACUUUAAGAAGUCAUAUUUAUCUAACUGAAACAGAAGAAGUGUACUUCAGAAAAA